GCACCAUCGUCAUAGGUUUUCCUCAUUUUGGGGGGUGGAAGGGAAGGUCUAGGUGCAGCGAUGUCUAACUCGCUCGAUUAUAUCGGAUGAUAAGCUAAAAAAAGGAUUAAAAGGAAAGAAGAAGAAGCAAAAGAGAGAGAAAAGGACGAGGCACCAGGCCUGAAGAGGAAUGGUUUGGGUGACACGGCAGAAAAGAAACGCAACAGCAUUUAAAAGCUCCGGAAAUUCAUGACAUCAUAGCCUUACCAUCCAGAUCCAGAAGAGAUCUAUUGCACCCUAUUGCAUUUUAUUGCACGCAUAAUCCCUGAUCCUUACUUCCGACGGACCCCUUGUAUUUUUCGAAUAAGCGGCGCAUUUCUUCCCAUGCAAAGUUCAGUUUUCGAUGAUGGCAUUCCGCGUACCAAGUGCCACAGACCGUUGGACUUGUCACUUGUUACAUAGCUUGUGUAUCACGAUCCCCAGUUUUGUAUAUAGGGAACCAUGCACCCUACUCUGCGGAAACCUUCCUCCCUCCCUAUCUACCUACAUAGUGGUAAUAACAUGCUUCAUACAUGAAUAUCAUCUAAAGACCAAAAUUCUCAAUAUCACAUACAUACACCAUUAACCCCUAUCUACAAGCCAAACCUUCCCCUAUUUGACCCCCAAAAAGAACCAAGUAAAAGAAAAAAAAAAGGAAAUGGGCAAGAAAUUCUCCCCCGUCAACCCGCGGGGCUACCUCCCCUCGCACGCGCACCCGGAGCACCGCUCCCACCGCAAGGAGAUCGAGAAGGAGCACCCCUUCGGCUGGACUGAGCCCCUCGUCCUCGGCAUGCUGGGCAUCGGGCUCGCGUGGAACAUCGAGAACCAGGUCAAGAAGCACGAGGAGCGCAAGGACCGCGAGGAGGCGGAGAGGAGGAGGGGCGGGAGGAGGAGUAAGAGUCAGGGUGGGGUUGGGGGUGGAAGGGGGAGGGGAAGGAGUGAGAGUCGUGUUGGUGGUGGUGAGGUAGACAGGGAGAGGGAGAGAGACAGUGAUAGGUGGAGCAGCACCCGCGCCGGCCACGGCGGCAAUGGUGGCGGUAGUGACCACAGCACAGCAAAAGACACGGUCGAGCUUGAGAGAAGUCGACGCAGCAACUACAACAACAACAACAGUAACAACGACAAUACCCGGCGCGACCGCGACCGCAUCCGCUCCGCAGACCUAGGCCACCACCAAGACCUCCUCCGUAACCUAGAAGACGGCCGGCUCUACGAGCAGCAACAACAGCCGCGAUACGAGAGACGGGUCGAGGAGGAUGACAGAUACUACCACAAUGAUCCCCGUCACGACGCUGCUGCCAACUACGACGGCAGGAGAGAACGAGAUGGGGAUCGGGCUCGGGACGCGAGUUCGCGGCGCCAUGGGAGGAGAAGUCGGCGGGAUUCGUUUUAGGCGGUUGUCCUGAUUUGAUGUCCUCUCCCCUUUUUUUUUCACUCUUUUAUGGGCUGGGAAAGGAAGAAUAAAAGGGGACAUGAACAAACAAAACAAGCAGACGAAUAAAGCACACUCGCUCACUAGAGGCAUUUUUGUUUUGGGGGGGGUGGUUUCACUUAUAAGCAAGCAAGCAACUGAUAUUUCUCGACUAUUCAAAUAUGAUAACGACGACCAUGGUAACGACAAAAAUAGCAAAAUCUUUUUUAGGAUGAUGUACAGGGAAUAAAUGAGAGAGAGAGAGAGAAACAUGAGGAAUACACGGGAAUCAAGGCAGAAUAUGAUACGACAGCAUGAUCAUCAUCAUUACCUAUCAACAUUCAUCAAGGUUCCUCGGAAAGCAAAGCUUGCAUUGAAAAUUGGAAAACGGAGUCGUGCAUGUGUGGAUUUAUAUAUUUCAUGACAUCAUCAUCAUCAUCAAAAGACGGGUGGGCAUUGGUCAUAAGGGGUUUUGAUACAUGCCUACCUAAGUAGUCAUGUCUGUUCUAGUUACUAUGUAGGUACGCACAAGCUACCACACGAUCUUAUGAAUAUUUAGAAUGCAUAUCAUACCAAACUAUACCAUAACAAAG